AUGUUUGGCGAUAUGAUGAACCAGUUUCCUAUGAGAACACCGAACGCGAACUACAUGCAGUUGGUCACGAGACUCGCCAUCACCAUCAUGCCCAAGUACGAACUCUUCAGCUUCUGGAAGAGCAGUUGCUCCUGGCGCGUACGCAUCGCGUUGGCGUGGAAAGCCAUCGAGUACGAGUACCGUCCAGUAAAUCUCGCUGCGUCGGGCGGCGGCGAGCAGUGCUUGGACUCAUACCGGAAGCUGAACCCCAACCAGCGCGUCCCGACGCUGCUAGUGGACGGACACGCGCUGGCUCAGUCCGGUGCGAUCCUCGAGUACUUGGAGGAGGCGCACCCGGAGAAGCCGCUGCUGCCGCGCAACCUGCUCCAGCGCGCCCAGGUGCGGAACUUGUGCGGCAUCGUGGGCUGCGACACCCAGCCAGCCCAGAGCAUGGGGCUGUCCGCCAAGGUCGCGGACUUGCAGUCGCCGGCCUCCGCCGAGGAGCGUCAAGCGCUUGUCUUGGCCUGGAACCGCCAGUGGAUCGCGCGCGGCCUCCAAGCCUUCGAGGACGAGCUGCUUCGCUGUGCUGGACGCUACAGCAUGGGCGACGACGUGACCUUGGCGGACGUGUACCUACUGCCGCAGGUGUUCAACGCCCGCGCGUGCAACAUGAACAUGGCGGCGUACCCGACGGUCUCGCGCGUGGUGGCCGCGCUGGAGCAGCUGCCGGCCUUCGCGCGCUCUCGCCCAGAGAACCAGCCCGACGCCAUCCGCGCGUAA